UCUCACAUUUCUUUUAAAAAACCCCAAAAGGAAAAACAGAACUUAACCUCGAAGUCUUAGCACUUCCACUAACUUUGUUUUUUUUUUCUAAAUCUUCUUUUCAAACCAUCUUUCACAACCUAAAAGUACAACUCACUUUUCUCUCAAAUGGUGGAAACAAGAAGCUCGAAGAAACCAACUCAAUCGGGUUACAAAGAAGAUCAAAACCCUAGAAAAUUCUACUCUCAAUUCCUCUUCAAAGCCCUAAUCCUCGCCCUGUUAUGCUCCCUCGUACCUGUCUUCCUUUCUCAGACGCCAGAGCUCGCCAACCAAACCAGACUCCUCGAGCUUCUCCACAUGAUUUUCGUCGGCAUCGCCGUCUCCUACGGCCUCUUCAGCCGCCGGAACUACGACGGAGGAGGAGGAGGAGGAAGCAAUAACGAUCAUAACAAUACUCAUUUCAACUUGCCUAAGAUUCUUGAAGUGUCAUCCUCUGUUUUCAACGUGGAUCACGAGAGUGGAUCCGAUGAUUCCUCCGGCGACCACCCCCACCCCCACCGUAGGAUUCAGAACAAGUACCAGACCAAAAGUACAGAGACUGGUCUUUCCAAAGACAACGAGAGUCGCUUCGUUGAUCGAGUGAGUUCAGGGGUCAGAGAAAAGCCUCUGCUUUUGCCUGUUCGAAGCUUGAACUACUCUCACCUUUCUGAUUCCGGCGAUGGCUCCGGCAGAUGGGAGAGAGUGAGAUCAAAGAGACAGCUCCUAAAGACUCUCGUUGAUGAUGAUAGCACUGAUGCGCUUCCUUCUCCGAUUCCAUGGAGGUCAAGAUCAUCAAUGGAGAUUGAAUCUCAGCCGUUGAUCAAGACUCCGGCGAGUCUGACGUCAUCUUCCGCUUUGUCUUCUUCGCCGAGAAAGUCGACGCCUUUACCUAAGCUCACAUCGGAGUCUGGAGCGAAAUCGGCUGAGGACACCGUGCGGAAGAAGGAGCUUCACUCAUCACCGUCGCCUCCGCCACCGCCGCCGUUGCCGGCGUUUUAUAACUCGGCGCCGAGAAAGGAUUAUCCUCCCCGAAGUUACAGAGAAUCAGUUCAGAAGAAGAAACUCACAGGCGGUGAGUUUCAUCCUCCUCCACCGCCGCCUCCGCCACCACCACCUCCGACGAAGCUAAGAGUAAGCAGCGAACGGAGAAAAACAUCGGAGCAAAAGAUGAAACUCGAUGACCGUUCAGUUACGAGAAACUCUCCUACAAAAGUCUGGUGGUCUGAUCCAACGAAAGAAGAUACCAGACAAGACAUGAACAAGAAUGAUGGGACAAGUUUCGUGGGAAGCAAGGCGACUGAAGAACCCGAGGAUAAAGAAGAUAUGAUCACAGAAAACGAUAUCCACGAAAGAAAUUGUCUGAACAUCAGUGACGUGGACAAGAAGGCUGAUGAGUUCAUUGCCAAGUUCAGAGAACAGAUUAGGUUACAAAGAAUCGAAUCCAUCAAGAGAUCUGCAUACAAGAUCUCUGCAAAUUCAUCGAGGUAGAGAACGUAUUGAAUGUUCUAAUUACAGACGAAAUAAAUUAACAUUUUUUCAGUUUGUGUCUGGUUGUCUUCAUAAAUAUAGAUUCACAACAUUAAUAACAAGUCCUCCUUAUUAAUCA